UCGUGGACAGCAUAUGCGCUGGCUCGAGCCAUGUCACGACAAGCUCACAUCACCAACUUGGCCUCACUUCUGCCUCACCAUCUGCACUCGCCCGUACGUGCUGCGGGGACCGGCUUGAAGUUUGCUGCGUCACAAUAUCGGGCGCUUGAAUUGGCAUUGUUGCAUCAGAGAGGCUCGCUACAUCCACUCGACCUCGACCUCGACAUCGCAACAGCCUACUCCGUAACAGCCUCCUCGCGAGUCACGUCUGACAACGUACCUGAGAUCCGUGCGCACGCACACUCGAGGAAUGGCUUCUACACCGCGCUCCACGCGGCAUCUGCCCUCGUCACCGCGGGUCAUACCUCGAAACCUCCCCGAUCCUCCGCACCCGCCGUCCGGCCCUCGACCUGAAGCCCCAUCCACGCCGUCGUCGUCAGGAGUGAGCACCAAGGACUUUGCACAACAGCCUUUGCCACCGCCACCGCCACCACCACCGCCCAUUGCUCCCCUGAGAACACCAUCGUCGCGCCCCAAGCAGCCUCGUUUGCCUCCUGUUGUGGAAGGCGACGCGCACCUGCUGCGGGAUGUUCGCGAUUCUCCGCCAGGGGAAUCCUCUCUGAGACGACGCGAUUCUGGUCCCGGGCUGUCGAAGCAGCGCAGCAAGUACUUUAACAGGGUCUUUGGCGCAAACGGGGACACGCGUCAAACCAGAGCCGUUGUGGUAGCGGAGGUGAAGACCAACGUAUUUGUACAAGAUGAAAUGGCCUUUUUGACAGCCCUCAGUGACCAUCUGAGCACCCGCUACGCUACGCCGCUCGACAGCAUAGCCGUUCACCUGGUCCACGGAACGUGUCUGCUCCUCGGGGGCACAUUUGAUCCUGCGUACAUUAUCUCGAUAGGCACGCUUCCCCGUCUCCUUCAGACGGCGACGAACAAACGCAACGCCGCGCUCCUCCAGAAGAUGAUGAAGGACAUGUUGGAGGUGAGCAUGGAGAGAGGGGUGGUGCGCUACAUCCCCGUGGCGGAGGACUGUCUCGCCCGGGGUGGCAAGACACUGGACAGCGCCGCCACAGAAGACAAUGAGGAGGGGGAUGGCGAGGGGAGACCUGUCAGGAGAAGGACGACGGGAGGCAGGUUUGGGAGGUUCAAGGCUAAGAGUCCGCCACCCAUGCCCCCUUUACCGGCAGGAGUGUAUGGUCAGGAAGCUGGGGGCGCAACGCUGAUCAAGAGGGAGGAAAAGGGGCUGAGGCACAAGAAGAGCUUCAACUUUGUGCAGUCGAUUUUUCGGAUGCCGUCGAGGAAGGGGGCGGCGGAUAAAGAUGAGGGCACAAAAGCUCAAAGCCGGGCGACUGAGCAGUAGCCGAAGCUCUGUGCCAAUACUGAUCUCUUGACAUGACUAAAUGUAGAAGCUGUAUCAUUGUUUGUGUCUGAUACUUGGAGUA